AUGGCUGUCAACAGCACUGCCCUGUUGAUGGCCAACGUCACCUACAUAACCAUGGAGAUUCUCAUCGGGCUCUGUGCCAUCGUGGGCAACGUGCUGGUCAUCUGGGUGGUCAAGCUGAACCCCAGCCUGCAGACCACCACCUUCUAUUUCAUUGUCUCCCUGGCCCUGGCUGACAUCGCCGUUGGGGUGCUGGUCAUGCCUUUGGCCAUUGUCAUCAGCCUGGGCAUCACCAUCCACUUUUAUAACUGCCUUUUCAUGACCUGUCUGCUGCUGAUCUUCACGCACGCUUCCAUCAUGUCCCUGCUAGCCAUUGCUGUGGACCGAUACCUGCGGGUCAAGCUCACAGUCAGGUAGGAGGAGAUACAGGAGGGUCACCACUCAAAGAAGAAUAUGGUUGGCCCUGGGCCUUUGCUGGCUGGUGUCUUUCCUGGUGGGACUGACGCCCAUGUUUGGCUGGAACAUGAAACUGACCUCAGAGUAUGACCAAAAUGUCACCUUCCUUUCCUGCCAGUUCAGUUCUGUCAUGAGGAUGGACUACAUGGUCUACUUCAGCUUCUUCACUUGGAUUUUAAUCCCUCUGAUUGUCAUGUGUGCCAUCUACCUUGACAUAUUCUAUGUCAUCCGGAAUAAACUCAAUCAGAACUUUUCGAGCUCCAAAGAGACAGGCGCAUUUUACGGACGGGAGUUCAAGACAGCCAAGUCUUUGUUUCUGGUUCUCUUCCUAUUUGCUUUGUCCUGGCUGCCUUUGUCUAUUAUCAACUGUAUCACCUACUUUCAUGGUGAGGUGCCGCAAAUCUUUCUGUACUUGGGCAUUCUGCUCUCCCAUGCUAACUCCAUGAUGAACCCUAUUGUCUAUGCUUAUAAAAUAAAGAAGUUCAAGGAGACCUAUCUUUUGAUCCUCAAAACCUGUGUGAUCUGCCAGUCCUCAGCCUUGGACCCAAGCACUGAUCAGACUUCUGAGUAGUUAUCCGGGAAAGAUGACUCUUCUCUCCAUUGACCUUCGGAUUCAGUGUCAGUAAAUACUUGAGGACCUAUCCACCUGAGCCACGGCCUUUCAUGUCCUUAAUUCCUUCUACUGAGCUGGGAAGCAUUUGACUGACUGCCUCCAACUGUACCUCCCCUAACAUCCCUUCCUGUAAUCCAAUUGUUUUCCUGUCUUUCUUCUCUAAUUCAAUGUUCUCGAAGCCUGACUUGAGGAGAAUGUUCUAUGGUCACUACUACUUGUGGUUCCUCCUCCCCAAACAGGAGAAGUCAUGGAAUCCGAAGGAUGCCUUGUUGACUUAGUGAUGAAAGUUCCUGGUCCCACUGGACAUGGGUGUGGUGGUGACUCAGUUCCACUCUUUGUGUCACCAGGCAGAGAAACCACACAGCAGAGGCCGGGGAGAUGGCGGGACAGAGUGUCACAAAGGGGCACUGAAACAGCUGAGUUCACCUGCAAUUGUGUUUGAGUGAAUAAAAGAUGACCGCUAACUGUCGUGUAACUCUUUGCUGAAGGUCAAGGUCAUUUGGGGUUCACAGACCCAGCUGGCUGCUCUUGCCACUCAAGCUGCUUGCCACUGGGAACCACGCCAUGUUCACCUGUUUGAACUCUGGGCCUCUCACCCCUUGCCCUAGAACAUCCUGCUCCUUCUUCCUGGGCUGAUAGGAGCAUUUGCCAACUUCAUGAGUUGUUUGUCUAUUGUUAAGAGAAGGAUCAAAAGAGGCAGAAAAGAGACACGGGAUAGCUACUAUUUGUGGAGUGCUGUCCAUGUGUUAAGCACUUUCCAGACAUGAGCUCUUCUGAUCCUGACCAUCUCUGAGGUCGGUGCCACGAUUAUUGUCCUGUCCAUUUUGCAGAAGGAAAAUGGAGGCACAGAGAGGUUAAGUAACUUGUCUAUAGUCACACAGUUAACAAGUAAAGUGUAAAGCCGAGAUUUAAACUCAGCCCUACCUUUCGGGAGAACCCAAACUCCUCACCACCUAUUCUCAGGCACGAAGAAGGACUUGUCACUUGUCCAAAGGCCAAACUCUCGAGUUCACCUAAUGGACAAUUACCAGAUGCAUGGAUCCAACAAUGAUUUGUGUGCUCAAAGACUCCUGGAUCUUGGGGGGAAGGUUGCCCUAGGUACUGUCACGGAUGUCUCAUUAAUCCAGACACCAGGCAGGGACAGAGUCUCAGUCACACACCUUCAGCACUGAAUGUGGCUCCGAAGAUUCAAGGGGACAUCAGAAGCACUUCAUAGUUUACAUAAUUUACAUCCAAAUUUGUAACUUCGGACU